UAUAAAAAAUAAAUCGUUGAAUAAAUGAAAGUAAAUUUUAUACGAUUUAACAUUGAAAAAUGAAGUGUAUUGGAAUGUCUACUGACAAUUGACAAUAUUCAAUUUUAUUGAUCUUUUUGGUUUAACAAUGCAAAGUAAUUCAAAAACCAAAGAAAUGUUUAUAGUUAGGGCAUUAGAAAAAAUUUUAGCUGACAAAGAUAUUAAGCGAUCUCAUCAUUCACAAUUAAAACGAGCAUGUGAGGUGGCAUUAGAGGGUAUAAAAAAGGAAUUAAAAGAAAAUGGCGAAGAUAAUAAGGAUGUGUCAGCUGCAUUACCAUUACCUCGAAGCGGUAACGCAAAUGCUACAACAACAGAAUCAUACUUUUUACCAUUUGAAUUGGCAUGUCAAAGUAAAUCAAAUCGCAUUGUGGUCACUGCAUUAGAUUGUCUACAAAAAUUAAUCGCAUAUGGUCAUUUAACUGGCAACGUACCUGAUUCAACAUGUCCAGGACGUUUACUCAUCAAUCGUAUUGUGGAAACAAUUUGUGCUUGUUUCACCGGUCCAAAUACAGAUGAAGGUGUUCAAUUACAAAUAAUAAAAGCAUUGUUAACAGUUGUAACAUCUCAACAUGUUGAAGUCCACGAAGGAACCGUCCUGCUGGCGGUACGCACUUGCUACAACAUAUACUUAGCAAGUAAAAAUUUAAUAAAUCAAACUACAGCUAGAGCAACACUAACUCAAAUGUUGAAUGUAAUAUUUGCUCGUAUGGAAAAUCAAGCCUUGGAUGCUAGUGUAGAUCAACAAACGCAAUCACUACCUGCAGAACCUCAACAAUCAGAGGAACCUCAGCAACAAGAAUCUGAAUUACAAACAUCACAGAUAUCUGAACCAGAAACUCCGACAGAAACAACAGAAAAUGUUGUCAACGAAAUUAUAACAGAUAUUAUAAAUAAUGCAAUGCUGAUCGCAGAAAGUAAAACUAAUAACGAAAAUAUUGAAGAAACUUCUCCAACUGAAGCUGAGCUAGAAAUAUCGCAGAAUCCAUUUUUGGAGUCGGGUAAUGAUGAAAACCAAUCAGAUACAAUGACAAACACAAGUAUCGAAAAUCAUGAAACAAUUCCGAAUUCCGUUUCGAAUUCCGAAAUGACACGAAGUAUUGAGUCUAACGAUUUAAAACCAAACACUGGUUCCGUGACCAAUCUAACUCGGGCCACAUCACAAGAUAGUGUCGAAACUCAUAAUAGUGAGAGUGAUAUUGCAGUUACGACAAAAUUUGCACAUGUAUUACAAAAAGAUGCGUUCUUGGUCUUUCGUGCACUAUGUAAAUUAUCAAUGAAACCAUUACCAGAUGGUACCCCAGAUCCAAAAUCUCAUGAAUUACGUUCAAAAAUUUUAUCAUUACAUUUACUUCUGUCCAUUUUACAAAAUGCUGGACCCGUUUUUCAAUCGAAUGAAAUGUUUAUUACGGCUAUUAAACAAUAUUUAUGCGUUGCCUUAUCGAAAAAUGGUGUUAGUUCGGUACCAGAAGUUUUUGAAUUGUCUUUAGCAAUUUUCCUAGCACUUUUAUCAAAUUUCAAAAUGCACUUAAAAAUGCAAAUUGAAGUAUUUUUCAAAGAAAUCUUCUUGAAUAUUUUGGAAACGUCUAGUUCAACGUUUGAACACAAAUGGAUGGUAAUCCAAGCCUUAACACGAAUUUGUGCGGAUGCACAAAGUGUGGUUGAUAUUUAUGUAAAUUAUGAUUGUGAUUUAUCAGCAGCGAAUUUAUUUGAACGACUUGUUAAUGAUCUUUCAAAGAUUGCACAAGGUCGACAUGCACUGGAAUUAGGUGCCACUCCUGGGCAAGAGAAAGCCAUGCGUGUUCGUGGUUUAGAAUGUUUAGUUUCAAUUUUAAAGUGUAUGGUAGAAUGGAGCAAAGAAUUAUAUAUAAAUCCGAAUACACAGAGUACACUUUCUGAUCAUACAACGGGCGGUAUCGGUGGUGAUGGUGACACAGAGAGUCAUAUUGUUGGAAAUCAAGCACCAAGUUUGGCUUCUCAUGGAGGAUCGACGAAUAGUAUUAAUAGCGCAGAGAGUAGUGGUGGUAAUCGUGAAGUUUUAGAUUCUCCAGAACAAUUGGAAGUGUUAAAACAUCAAAAAGAAGUUUGGCAAGCUGGUAUUGAUUUAUUUAAUCGAAAACCGAAAAAAGGAAUUCAAUUUCUACAAGAACGUGGGCUUUUAGGACCAACAGUAGCUGAUGUGGCCCAAUGGUUACAUACAGAUGACCGAUUAAACAAAGUGUAUAUUGGUGAUUUCUUAGGCGAUAAUGAUGAUUUUGCGAAAGAAGUUAUGUACGCAUAUAUCGAUUAUCUGAAUUUUGCUGAUCAAGAUUUAGUAGCUGCAUUACGAUAUUUUCUUGAUGGAUUUCGAUUACCAGGUGAAGCACAAAAAAUUGAUCGUUUAAUGGAAAAAUUUGCUAGUAGAUAUGUGGAAUGUAAUCCAAAUAAUGGUGUAUUCGCUAGUGCUGAUACCGCUUACGUACUCGGAUUCUCAAUAAUUAUGUUAACCACAGAUUUGCAUUCUCCGCAAGUAAAGAAUAAAAUGACUAAAGAACAAUAUAUUAAAAUGAAUCGUGGUAUUAAUGAUAGUCAAGAUCUACCUGAAGAAUAUCUAUCGCAAAUUUAUGAUGAAAUUGCUGGACAUGAGAUAAAAAUGCGUUGUACUUCAGGGACUUUAAGUCGUAAUGCUGGUAAACAAGCAAUUAGUGAACGCCGACGUAAAGUUUUAUGGAAUAUGGAAAUGGAAGUGAUUUCAACAGCUGCGAAAAAUCUUAUGGAAUCUGUCUCUCAUGUUCAGGCACCAUUUACAUCAGCAAAACAUCUUGAACACGUACGCCCAAUGUUUAAAAUGGCAUGGACUCCAUUUUUAGCUGCUUUUAGUGUGGGUUUACAAGAUUGUGAUGCUACAGACAUUGCAACAUUGUGUUUGGAUGGUAUUCGAUGUGCCGUACGAAUAGCUUGCAUAUUUCAUAUGUCAUUAGAACGUGACGCUUAUGUUCAAGCUUUAGCUAGAUUUACUCUACUCACAGCUAAUUCUCCAUUAACAGAAAUGAAAGCGAAAAAUAUCGAUACAAUUAAAACAUUAAUAACGGUUGCGCAUACCGAUGGAAAUUAUCUGGGAUCUAGUUGGUUGGAUAUUGUAAAAUGCAUAUCACAACUAGAAUUAGCGCAAUUAAUUGGUACCGGAGUUCGGCCACAAUAUUUAUCCGCAGGCUUAGAACCAGGUGUACGAGAACAUAUUGGCGAAACUAGUUCACAAAGUGUGGUAGUCGCUGUUGAUAGAAUAUUUACUGGAUCCACUCGCUUAGAUGGUGAUGCCAUUGUUGAGUUUGUUAAAGCGCUUUGUCAUGUAUCCCUUGAUGAAUUAUCGAACACGUCACAUCCACGAAUGUUUUCAUUGCAAAAAAUUGUGGAAAUUGCCUACUAUAAUAUGGGUCGUAUUCGUUUACAAUGGUCUAGAAUAUGGCAAGUUUUGGGUGAUCAUUUUAAUGCAGUUGGGUGUAAUCCAAAUGAAGAAAUUGCCAUAUUUUCCGUUGACAGUUUACGACAAUUGUCUAUGAAGUUUAUUGAAAAAGGUGAAUUUGCAAAUUAUAAUUUUCAAAAAGAUUUUCUUCGACCCUUUGAGCAUAUCAUGAAAAAGAAUAAUUCGGCUACAAUUCGAGACAUGGUUGUAAGAUGUAUUGCACAGAUGGUGAACUCUCAAGCACAUAAUAUUCGAUCAGGAUGGAAAAAUAUUUUCUCAGUUUUUCAUUUAGCUGCAAGUGAUCAUGAUGAAGGGAUUGUAGAGUUAGCUUUUCAAACUACUGGGAAAAUUAUUACAGAAUUAUAUGCAAUCCAUUUUCCGGCGAUGAUUGAUUCAUUUCAAGAUGCGGUUAAAUGUUUAUCGGAAUUUGCUUGUAAUGCAAGAUUUCCGGAUACAAGUAUGGAAGCUAUACGCUUGGUACGAUCGUGUGCGGUGACUGUAAAUGCUUCACCACAAUUAUUUGCUGAAUAUGCUGUUAUAGAAACAGAUGUUGCUGUUCCAGAAAGUGAUCGUAUUUGGGUACGAGGUUGGUUUCCAUUAUUAUUUUCACUAAGUUGUGUUGUAAGUCGUUGCAAAUUAGAUGUACGUACGCGUGCUUUAACUGUUUUAUUCGAAAUUGUUAAAACAUAUGGUGAUACAUUCAAAGCACAUUGGUGGCGAGAUUUAUUUAAUGUACUAUUUCGAAUAUUUGAUAACAUGAAAUUACCCGAACAUCACACGGAAAAAGCAGAAUGGAUGACAACUACAUGCAAUCAUGCGUUAUACGCAAUAAUUGAUGUUUUUACACAAUAUUUUGAAAUCUUAGGAAAUUUAUUACUAGGGGAGUUAUAUUCUCAGUUACAUUGGUGUGUUCAACAAAGCAAUGAACAAUUGGCUAGAUCUGGUACAAAUUGUUUAGAAAAUUUAGUCAUAUCAAAUGGAUCAAAAUUUGAUGAUUCCACAUGGGAAAAGACGUGUCAAUGUAUGCUUGAUAUAUUUAAUUCAACGAUUCCAUCCGCUUUAUUAACAUGGAAACCGGAUCAUCAUAUCCCUGAAUUAAAUGGUGAUGGCCCAACUCAUCGACAAGGUAUUCUUAAACGUAGUCCCUCUGUUAGUGGGAAUACAAUAUCAUCUGAAUGGAAUAUGCCUGGGGAUGAUACAAUCUUUCCUGGAUUAUUAAUCAAAUGUGUAGUACAAUUAGAAUUAAUUCAAACUAUUGAUAAUAUUGUAUUUUUCCCGGCGACAUCACGUAAAGAAGAUGCAGAAACUUUAGCAUUAGCGGCCGCAGAUUUAGCUGGUGAUGCGAAUGUUGUUGAUGCCACGGCACAGUGUCAACGUGAAGAACAAGGCAUGUAUCGAUUAUUAUCCACAAAACAUUUGCUAUCACUAACAGAAUGUUUGAUACGAUCACAUCGAUUUGCAAAAGCAUUCAAUUCGAAUCAUGAACAACGUGAAGCUUUGUGGAAAGCUGGUUUUCGUACACCAUCCAAACCGAGCUUGCUAAAACAAGAGACACAAAGUUUAGCAUGCGUAUUACGAAUAUUAUUUAAAACGUACAGUGAUGAAAAUCGUCGUGAUGAUUGGAAAGAAAUUGAACAUCGAUUGAUUUCUAUAUGUCGCGAAGCCUUAGAAUAUUUUUUGUCGUUGCAGAGUGAAGCUCAUCGUGACGCUUGGACCUCGUUAUUACUAUUAAUUUUAACUAGAAUAUUGAAAAUGGCAGAUGAUCGGUUUGCAAUACACGUAUCGAAUUAUUAUCCAUUACUAUGUGAAGUAGUGUGUUUUGAUCUAAAAGCUGAACUACGAUCAGUGUUACGAAGAGUAUUCUUACGCAUUGGACCAGUAUUUCAUGUGACAUCAUGAAUGUAAUUUGGUUUUGGUAGGGCUGUGACUAUUUUAAAAUAUUCGCCAUGUUAAUUAUGUCACUUAAAUCAUUGAUUAAAUCAAACAGUCAUCACAUCGAGUCAGUAAGAUUGAAGAAGAGGGGACAUUACGAAAAUUAUUUUUAAAAAAACAUAGAAAUAAUAUACACUGUGAUACUGAUAAUCGUAUCUUUUUAUUUUAUUUUUGAAAUGUCAUUUUGUCAAAAGGUUUUUUUUUUUGGUAUUUCAAUAGUGAAAUGUACUUGGUAUUUUACAAGUUUUGUUAUUUAUAAUAUCUUCCCAGCUGUGGUAAUAAUUUUUUAUGUUUAUCUCAUCAAGCCAGUGUCCGAUGGCAGGGGUGGCAACACGGUUACACGCAGUCCUCAAUUUUCUCUCUUGGAGAAAAGAGUUUAAGGUUUUUUUUUUAAACAGACCAAUAUAUUUUAAACUGCUGUCUUGUGUUAUACUUUUUUUAAUGCUGUAUUUUAAGAACAUUUAUUAUACGAUAGCAAUUAAGCAAGCCAAACCGAAAGAAAGAAGAAGAAAUACUUAAAUAGAAAAGAAGGAAUCAACUUUUUCGAUAUGUAAUGAUUUUUAAAUUGAGAAUACAAAGGAGGAGCAACAGAAAUGAUUCCUUCAAAACCAUCAGGAAAGAUUUAAAAAAAACAUUUUCAGAUAGUUGAUGAAUCGAUUAGAAACGAUUCUCGUCAUAAUCGGUUAAAGAAUUGAGAUCCUAUAGGUGUAAUUACACACAAAUACGUGCAUACCAACGGCGAUGUUUACCGGAUCUCAUAUUUUAGCCAUAGAUAUCUGCACAUUUUUUUAAUCUAUCUUUUUUCAAAUAAAAAUUCAAAUCUUUAAAUUUAUUCUUUUUAUUUUUGAUUUAAUUUUGAAUUCUUCUUUUAUUUUAAUUUAACGCUAUCACCAAAUCAUGCUUUUGAUUUCGUUACAAAUGUACAAAAAUCCAAAUCUACCGCUUUUUAUAGUGGCACACCUUCUUGGAAACAUUAAUCCUGUAAUCCUAAUUAACAUACGGAGAAGCAUUUGGUUUGGAUUAAUAUUGUUUUGUACGAAAAAAAUAAGAUGAUAAGUAGAAAAUGAUCGACGAUCUCUGUAGAGCUGAGAGUAUUUUAAAAUCGAAUGAGAGAAACGAAAAAAAUGAUUAUCACACUAGCGUAUAAGACCAUGACAUAACAUGUUUUGAAAUAAUACCAAGUGUAUUUUUUUUUAA